UCUGCUGUCGCAUGUUGUUGCAUAUUCGUCUGUCUUGGGGGGGAAAGCAUCUAAUGAAAGCCACUGUUGGUUUUGGUGGGGGGGAUUUGCCAUCCGAAACCGACCGGUUCUGUUUGAAUGACAUAGGGAAUGAACGACGAGACAGCAUCGGACGAGUGGAAGAGAAACUCCGGGUGCUCCAGUAUUGAGCAAAUGCUGGCUGUGAAUCCCGGAAAGACGCCUAUCAGUCUGCUGCAGGAGUAUGGAACGCGGAUAGGCAAGACCCCAGUGUACGACCUGCUGAAGGCAGAGGGCCAGGCCCACCAGCCCAACUUUACAUUCUGCGUCUCUGUCGGAGAGAUCAUCUGCAACGGUCAAGGGCCCAGCAAGAAAGCGGCCAAGCAUAAAGCAGCUGAGGCUGCUCUGAAGAUGCUGAAGGGGGGCUUCGGAGGCCCUGCUGGAAUCGUUUUUGGGGAAGACGGAUUUGUUGACAUUGAUGGAACAAUAGAUGACGAAAGCUUUCAGUCCGAGAUGAAGACUUCAGGCACUUCCCAGCAGUCCGAGUGUAACCCAGUAGGAGCCUUGCAGGAGUUGGUGGUGCAGAAGGGAUGGCGUUUACCAGAGUACACUGUCACCCAGGAGUCUGGUCCUGCACACCGCAAAGAAUUCACCAUGACGUGCAGGGUGGAGAGAUUUGUGGAAAUUGGAAGUGGGACCUCCAAGAAACUUGCCAAGAGGAACGCUGCAGCAAAGAUGUUAUCGCGUAUACAUGACGUUCCUGUUGACCUGAGGACCAAUAAUGAAGCUGAGACAGAAGAUGACAACUUCACCAUGCACACAGGGAACAAAGCUGAGUCAGGGAAAAGCAAAAGCUACAGCUGCACGUGGGACACUUUGCGAAACUCAGCCGGGGAGAAGAUCCUCCAGCUCCGGAGUCAACCGCUCGUCGUGCCUGAAGACUCUAACUUUUGCUCGCUGCUGGGUGACCUGUCUGCUGAGCAGUCUUUUACUGUCAGCUAUGUAGAUCUAGAGGGGCGCAGUCGCAGCGGUCAGUGCCAGUGUCUCGUGGAACUGUCCACUCAGCCAAUCACGGUUUGCCACGGUUUUGCCCCCACUGUGGACGCUGCUCGGGCUAACGCGGCCCACAAUGCACUGCAAUAUCUCAAAAUCAUGGCUGGCGGAAAGUGACUACAAGCUACCUCAUGCCGCACCCGCCAGCAAUCCAUUUUGGAACUAAAGACUUUUUUUUCCCCAAACUGACCACACUGGUCACAUAAUUGACGGACAUUGCCCAUGAACAUUGAGUUAACAAAAGUUUUAACCCACUUUGUUAUGUUUUUUUUAUUUGUUUAUUCCAUCCCAUUUCUCCUCAUGUUGUAAGCUGAUAGCAAAUCUGAGGAUUCUUUUGCAAAACUGAUCCAAAAUCUAUCAACAUUGCUGCUUUCUUUCUUGACACACCAGUUUUAAAUUGGAGAUGGACCGACCAGCCGGUUGCUCUCGCUGUGUUGACUUGUACAUAUUGGAUACGUGGCUUUCACCACUCAGAUUUUAACUAUGGCACCUUAAAAGGUCAAAUUUAAGAAAGUACUUCUAAUAAAACUGACGGCUUUUCAAUCAAUUUUGUCAGAUUUUGAAUUAUCUCUUCGUAUUUAACUAAGUUCUUUGAUCAAGCUUUUACUCUCUCACUCUAGAACCGAAUCUGUGUCGCUCAGCGCCAAGACUGUGACCGAUAAAGAAUCGCUUUCCUACCUCACUUGAUAAAAAUCAUUUAAUGUGGUGUAUUUUAGAAGGUCCUUGGUCGCCUUUUUGUGUUUACCUCAGAAGGAUUGUUGGUCUUUUUUAAUUAAUAAAAACUUGCAUUUUAAAACCUUCA